GUGGAAGGGGAAGGUUAUAUCACAUUCUGCCUCUGCCUCUCAUCACUCGCUGCCUCCGCGCGUUGCUGUAAGUUUCUUGAACUGAAUCUUAACUUUUCAAUCAUACGAGACGAGGCAAGUACUGGAAGAGAAAACAGUGUGACUUGUUCUCCUCGACUCAAACGCUGCAGUGAAAGAUUAAGCCUGGAAUCAAACGAAGGACUCCUCAAAGUGUGAGGGCAGAACGGUGCAGCGAAGAUUAACACAGGACAGCACAUUCCAGUGUCAGAAAAAAUAAAUAAAUAAUUAAAAAAUAAUAAUAAACAAAUAAAAUUAACAUUGUAGCGGAAGAUUAAGACUAAAAUUAAAGAAAAUAUAUUCGAAAGUCUCAGUUAAAAAAAAAAAAACGUCAAAAAGUGUGACUCGGUUACAGGAAACGUUUCGAAUACAAAAUAACGUUGUUGUAAUAUCAAAAAAAAAAAAAAAAAAAAAAAAAAAACUGUACAGAAAAAAGGUUGCAAUACAUUAUAAAAAGGGAGUUUUAAGUUGGUAUAUACAGAAAAAAAAAUAAGAAGGGAACGUUGAUAUAUAAAUUAAAAUAACACAAAAGCUACGUGCAUAAAAUAAACGCUAUCAGUAAUUAGACAAUAAUGAGAGAAAAUAGUGAAGAAAACUAUACCAGUAAUUAUUGUUAUUUGAAAACUGACUAUAAGUGAGAGAGAGAGAGAGAGAGAGAGAGAGAGAGAGAGAGAGAGAGAGAGAGAGAGAGAGAGAGAGAGAGAGAAUGUAAACAGAAGGAUAACAAGCAAAGGAAUGAAAAAUUAAUGUUAAUUAGAAACAAAACAGCAAAGAAAAGAACAAACAUGAGACUACCUGUCCUAAUUAUCGUCUUCUCAGCGACCACCAGCACCACUACCACCACCACAGCCACGGCCCAUCUGAGACACCACGGGGGGAGAGAACACCAGUGGAGGUAGACCCGGAGGAGGAGGUGGCGGUGGUGAGCCUGAAGGUGCCGCCCUACGUGCCACGGGGAGAAGAUGCAGAGCUGGAGUGUCACUGGAGGGUGCCACGCCUGUAUUCUCUCAAAUGGUACUUCAACGACCAGGAGUUCUUUGGGUUACGUCCAGGAGAGGCGCCGAGCAGAGUGGUACACCGCCUUCCCGGCCUCCGUGUGGAUAGCGCGCGGUCCACGGGUAGCCGCCUGGUGCUGGUGGGCGUGGGCGUGGCUGCGGGCGGGCGUUAUAAGUGCGAGGUAAUUGGAGAGGCGCCCGGCUUUCUCACGGCUGAUCGGAGCUCCCACAUGGCCAUCGUGCAUAUCCCCAAGGAGCCCCCCAGCAUACAGGAAGCGCAGAGCCAGUACAGGGUGGGGCAGAGGGUGCAGCUGGCCUGUUUAUCGCCCCCCUCCCGUCCCCCAGCCUCCCUCACCUGGUAUAUUAAUGACAGACAGGCCGCGGAGGAGUAUGUGUCGGGCCUGAACACCACUACAAUAUGGGGUGAUGGUUUGCUAGAGACUCGUGCUGGCCUUCAACUAGUGCUGCAGCCUAACCACUUUGAUCACCACGGCCAGCUGAGACUCCGCUGCGCCGCCUCCAUCCCAGGUCUCUACCACAAGGUCCGUCAGCACAGCAUAGGGGGUGGAGCGCCUCUCCUCGUGGUUCCCAGAGUGCUCGCCCCUUCUUCGUCGCCGGCAGUGUCUUCCAUUGGUGGCGGUGGUGGUGGUGUGCCUGUCAUGGAGUCGCGGGAUAGCGCUGCAGCUCCUGGGUCUGGUGGAAGUGGCUGCAGUAAACCUGUCCUGCCUGCUGUCCUGCUGUUGGCCCUGCUGACUCCACUGCUGAGCCUGCGAGCCAGCUGACUCACUCACCGCUGACCUGACUGAGAGAGAGAGAGAGAGAGAGAGAGAGAGAGAGAGAGAGAGAGAGAGUGUGUGUGUGUGUGUGUGUGUGUGUGUGUGUGUGUGUGUGUGUGUGUGUGUGUCUGUGUAUUUGACCUUCAUGUGCACCUCUUAUGCAGUCAUUCUGUGUGUACCAAAUGCACCGAGAGCACUUACGUACACGUGUAAGUAUACACACACACACACACACACCUCAUUAGCUCUCGCUCCUUGUGUGUACUAAUUGUUGUGUCUUUCUUUCUGUCUUGCUUUCUCUAUUUUUUUAAGUCUUUUCCUUCUUUUUUUCACUUUCUUCAGUUCAUUUUUUUUCCUUCUGUUCGUCUUCUCACAUUAUCUCUCUACUUCUUCUUUUUAUCUAUUUUUUUCUUCUGUUCGUCUUCUCACAUUAUCUCUUUACUUCUUCUUUUUAUCUAUUUUUUUCAGUCUUAUAUUCAUUUUCUUCUUUUAUUUGUAUUAUCCACGUAUCCCACUCCUUUCUUCUUGGUUUGUCUAUUUUACUUUGUUUACUGUAUUUUUGCUCUUCUUUCUCUCUCUUAGUUGUUUUCAAUCUCUUCAUUCUCAUUUUCUUCUUUUCCUUAUUCCCUUUCUUUUAUCUACGUAUCUCUUCCUCCUCUUUAAUUGCUUUGUGUGUUUUAUUUUCUAUUUUUGUACUUGUUUUUUUUUUCUUUACUUUUCACGUUUCUCUCACAUUUUUUCUCAUUUUCUUUCUGAUUCUCUCUGUUUCUGCUUUAAUUUCCUUUCUUUCUACUUCCUUUUACUUUCGAUCCGUCUAUAUCUCUCGGAAAAGCGCAAACAAAACUACCUUUUCCUUUCUCUCCUCUCCUUCCCUCUUUUUCCUAGCAAUCUCCUCUUCUUAUGCACAAUUAUUAUAAUUUUUUUUUUAUUCCAAUCACAUCACAUUUCCCUGUCACCUUCGCUCACUCUUAGUAAAUUAAGACGUGCACACUCGUCUAGUCACUCUGGUAAUGAUCAAACAAUAGUGAUAGUAGUAAUGAUAGUAGUUGUAUAAAGAUAGUCGUACUAUGUUAAGUUAAUCAUAGCGGUGUUAAACGCAAGGCUAUGAGAGAGAGAGAGAGAGAGAGAGAGAGAGAGAGAGAGAGAGAGAGAGAGAGAGAGAGAGAGAGAGAGAGA